AGCGUCACCAUUUGGCUCAAGGCUCAGCAGUAGCACGCUGCCAUGCCGCAGUACAUGCGUCGGGAGCAUGUGCCAGAGCUAUGGCCUCGUGCGCAGUAUGGAACCUUCCGGUUUCCGGAGAGAGAAAGCCCAAACACCCAUCGGCACUUAGCAGGUUUCUACGCCCUGGUGGCGAUCAAGGCGUUUGCUAAGCUGGUUGCUUUGUUGGUGCCUUGGGGUGCUUUGAAUGGGUCGAUCUUCAAGCCCGUGUCGGCAGCAGUGAAGUCAUGGGAGGGCUCUUUGGAGAAGGCGUGGGAGACAAUCGAGAAGAAGUUGGGCGUAGUGCCAGAGGUUGACCGCAAGCUUUGCCACAUCAGUUGCGACAAGCAUAUGUUCAACAUCAGCGCCUUUUGUUCGGCCAACACUGAAACACGCCCUCAUUGUGAAGAAGACAAGCCCGGGGAGUUUGAAUGUUCGACUCGAACGGAAAAGCGAAAGUGGCUGUGGAUGAAGAGGUCAGUCAUCACCAACUCGCGCGAAAAGAUGAGCGCCGCAUGGCUACUGCACGGGCCGCCGAUUGCGCAUGAUGAUGUGAUAACCGAGCGCUUUUGCGCCGAGUGGUGCGGAUCAUCAAGCGACCAAGAGAAAUGGUGGAGCGAAAAGGAGUUCGCGACCCUCUGCCACAACAUCUUGCAGAUCAAUGCACAUCCCUCUGGCCAAGGAACGUGAAGCAGACCCAUCGAAAGGGCGCUGCGCUUGCCGGUAGAUGGACA